AUGGGCUAUCAGACAAUAGCGAUUGCCGCUGUGGCAUUCGUCUACUUUGUGAUCAAGCAGCUGAAUAAGACUGAUAUACCCAAGAUCAAGAACCUUCCGGAGAUCCCCGGUGUGCCGAUCUUUGGAAAUUUGAUCCAACUUGGUGACUCGCACGCAAAACGGGCUCAAGAAUGGGUAAAGCAGUACGGAGAGGUCUUCCAAGUCCGCUUGGGCAAUAAGAGAAUUAUUUUUGCCAACACCUUUGACUCCGUCAAGCAUUUCUGGAUCACUCACCAAUCCGCCUUGAUCUCUCGCCCAACACUACACACGUUCCAUACCGUCGUCUCGAGUUCGCAGGGGUUCACCAUCGGUACUUCGCCGUGGGAUGAAUCCUGCAAGCGCCGCCGUAAGGCUGCUGCGACCGCUCUUAACCGUCCGGCAGUCCAAUCAUACAUGCCGAUCAUUGACCUUGAAUCCACUGCCAGUAUCAAGGAGUUGCUGCACGAUAGCAAAGAUGGAACUGUAGACAUUGACCCCAACCCAUACUUCCAGCGUUUCGCCCUCAAUACCAGCUUGACCUUGAACUAUGGCAUUCGCAUUGACGGCAGUAUUGAAGACGAGCUCCUCAAGGAAAUUUGCCAUGUCGAGCGCGUGGUUAGCAACUUCCGAAGCACUAGCAACAACUGGCAGGAUUAUAUUCCGCUGCUGCGAUUAUGGCCUAGUCGUAACAAUGAAGCGAAGGAGUUUAGGGAACGUCGCGACAAGUACUUGUCCUUGCUUUUAGAUAUGUUGAGAGACAGGAUGGCAAAAGGCACCGAUAAACCUUGUAUCACUGGCAAUAUCUUGAAGGACCCCGAAGCCAAACUGAACGAAGCUGAACUCAAGUCAAUUUGCUUGACCAUGGUUUCGGCUGGUCUCGACACUGUUCCUGGAAACUUGAUCAUGGGAAUCGCCUAUCUUUCAACUGCACACGGUCAAGAAAUUCAAGACCGUGCUUACAAGGAAAUUAUGCAGGUGUAUCCUAACGGGGAUGCCUGGGAGCGCUGCCUCGUGGAAGAAAAGGUCCCGUAUAUCACCGCUCUGGUCAAGGAGGUUCUCCGAUUCUGGACUGUGAUCCCUAUCUGCCUGCCGCGUGUUAGUGUCAAGGACAUUGAAUGGAAGGGAGCGACUAUUCCCGCCGGAUCUACCUUCUUCAUGAACGCGUAUGCCGCCGAUUAUGACGAGAACCAUUUCAAAAACCCCUAUGAAUUCCGCCCUGAACGCUACCUCAAUGUGUCCGACGGCGCCGGAACGCCACACUAUGCUUACGGUGCCGGCAGCCGUAUGUGUGCUGGCUCCCACCUUGCCAAUCGCGAACUAUACACCGCUUUCCUCCGCUUGAUCUCUGCAUUCCGCAUUGUCCCCGCAAAGAACCGCGCUGAUGAUCCAAUCAUGGACUGUUUGGAAGCUGGUAUCAACAAGUGCGCUUUAACCCUGGAUCCGAAACAGUUCAAGGUCGGAUUCCGGGUAAGAGACCGGGCGAAGUUGGAUAGUUGCAUCCAGGGAAGUGAUGAGCGGACGAAGGAUCUGUAA